GCAAAGGUGGGCCCAGCGCGGCGCCUUUGGUCCAGCAAGUGCGAUACGGAGUCGAUAGAAAUGCUCAUUUGAACGCUACGGAUGCUCACGCCGAGCCGAUUGCGCUGCCGUGCCGGCCUUAGCGAGCUGAGGGCUGUCUUUGCAGCACUCACUCAGCACAGCCGCACGCGAGCCGCUGCGGGCCUCUGCGGCGAGCGACGGCCGGAGAGGACGCCGGCGCACGCAUAGAUCAGUCGUGGCACGCUUAAGCCGCCAGCGGCGAGGGCGCGGCGCGACGGUGGCGGGCCCGGCGCCGCGACCGCGCUAGCCACGGCCCACGCCGCCGCCGCACGCUGCGGCGAGUCGGCGGCGGCGGCGAGCCGGCUCACCACCGCUCGACGCCGCCAGAGAGAGAGAGAGAGAGAGAGAGAGCGAGAGAGAGCGAGAGACGGGGCAACUCACCCAACAACCCGCGCAGGAUGGUCGUCAAGUACGACAAGUGCGCGUUCAGCGAGUUCAACAUCUUUCCCGGCCACGGCAUGAAGAUGGUGCGGCGGGACGGCACGCCGCUCAUGGUCAUCACGCGGAAGUGCAAGUCGCUCAUGAACCAGCGCAAAAAACCCGCCAAGCUCGUCUGGACGCAGCGGUGGCGCAUCAUGAACAAGAAGGGCCUCAACGAGGGCGUCGCCAAGAAGCGCACGCGGCGCGUCGUCAAGGUCCAGCGCGCGAUCGUCGGGACCAGUGCCGAGGACAUCAAGAAGCUGCGCACGCAGAAGCCCGAGAUCCGGUCGGCGCAGCGGGAAGCGGCCAUGCGCGAGGUCAAGGAGCGCGCCAAGGAGAAGAAGGCGGCCAAGCAGAAGGCCAAAGCCUCCCAACCGAAGCAGUCGAAGCAGAUGAAGCAGCCCAAGGGGGGCAACAAGAACGCGCGGGGCGGGAAGCGCUUGUAAAAUGCC